AUGAUGGCCGAGGAUGGGGGAAAUCUCUCCGGGGACCCCGAUGCCAGGGGCUCGGAGGGUCGCUCCUCUCCGCCGAGGACUUUCAUCCGGCUCAACGACCUGUCCGGGGCCGGGACAGGAGGAGGGGGGGCCACAGCCGCGGUGGUGGAGCCGGCGUCCGCGGCGCCCGACGGGGUCUCCACGGCCGGAGAGGAGGCGUCCGCUAGCGGCGACGAGCUGCCCUACCCAACCAUGGCCCCCGUGGUCUUCUUCUACCUGAAGCAAACCACGCGGCCUCGGAGCUGGUGCCUCAAGAUGGUGGCGAACCCAUGGUUUGAACGUGCGUCCAUGUUGGUGAUUCUGCUGAACUGUGUGACACUGGGCAUGUUCCAUCCCUGUGAGGACAGCGACUGCAAAACGGAGAGGUGCAGGAUCCUGCAGGAUUUUGACGACUUCAUCUUUGCGUUCUUCGCCGUUGAGAUGGUGAUCAAGAUGGUGGCUCUGGGGAUUUUUGGCAAGAAUUGCUACCUUGGUGACACAUGGAACCGCUUGGACUUCUUCAUUGUACUGGCUGGGAUGUUGGAGUACUCCCUCAACCUGCAGAGUGUCAGUUUUUCAGCAGUGAGGACGGUUCGUGUGCUGAGACCACUGAGAGCCAUCAACCGAGUGCCAAGUAUGCGUAUCCUGGUGACCCUGCUCCUGGACACCCUGCCUAUGCUCGGCAAUGUGCUGCUGCUCUGCUUCUUCGUCUUCUUCAUAUUCGGCAUCGUGGGCGUCCAGCUGUGGGCCGGCCUGCUCAGAAACCGCUGCUUCGUGGAGGACAACUUCUCCUUCCCUCUGUCGGAGAAGUUACCUGAAUACUACCACACUGAGAAUGACGACGAGAACCCCUUCAUCUGCUCUCAGCGCCGGGAAAAUGGCAUGAGGGACUGCAACUCCGUGCCUAAGCAAUAUGAGGGAGGCCUGCAGUGCAACCUGGACCUGGACUUUUACAACAGCACAGACAACACCACUUGCGUCAACUGGAACCAGUACUACAGCAAGUGCACUGCUGGUCAGGUCAACCCUUUCAAGGGAGCAAUCAACUUUGACAACAUCUGCUAUGCCUGGAUCGCCAUCUUCCAGGUGAUCACUCUGGAGGGCUGGGUGGACAUCAUGUACUUUGUGAUGGAUGCUCACUCUUUCUACAACUUUAUCUACUUCAUCCUGCUCAUCAUUAUUGGCUCAUUCUUCAUGAUCAACCUGUGCCUGGUGGUCAUCGCCACUCAGUUCUCUGAGACCAAGCAGCGGGAGAGCCAGCUGAUGAAGGAGCAGCGGGUGCGCUUCCUGUCUAACGCCAGCACUCUGGCCUCCCUCUCCGAGCCAGGCUCUUGCUAUGAUGAGCUCCUCAAGUACCUGGUUCACGUCAUCCGCAAGGGGGCCAAACAAGUGGCCCAUAUCUGCAGGUUCUUGGCUCGCCGCGCCGGGCUCAACAUAGCUGCCUCGCCCCUAGCCACGGAGCCGCAACGUAGCCAGAGUCGGAGGAGGAGGAAGUCCUCCAGGCAGGGAUCCAUGUCUAUUCAUCACAUGAUGCACCAUCAUCACCACCACCACCACCACUACCACCUGGGAAAUGGCAGCGUGAGGGGAGGAGGGAGCCUCCACUGCAUAGAGGGUAGGGAUGUGGAAGCUGGAGCUCAUAAUAACAAUGGAGGGGCUCUCGUUGCAGCAACUGGCAGUGGACAUCUUGCUUUGGGGCCACCGUCUACUUUGACAGCAGCCACUUCUGAUUCAAACUUAGCCAUUUUGUCCAACCCUGCUGCAGGUGCUGUCGGUUCAGCUUCAGUGCGCAGUGUAUUCAACAUAGAAACUCUUAGCAUUACCCCAUCGCCCACAUUCAUGGGGCCAACUCCAUGCUCCUUCACCCUGGCCCCGGCUCCUGCAUCAAGGGCCAUGAAAAGGAACUCCGUUCCCUUCGCUGCGCCAGGUCCUAAAAACUACCCCACCCUACAGGCCCGGGCCCUAGCAGAGUCCAGACGAGGAAGUGCUGCAGCCAGCACUCUGACAAACAUCAGCUUCAACCUCAAUAUCCCACCCAUGCCCCUGGGGAGACGGCCAUCGACCCUGGUGGACACACACAACCCCACAGCCCAGCUCUCGUGCCAGCUGUCGGCUCGUGACCUCAGCACCACCAGCAGCACCAUGGACACCGCCGCUUUGACAUUGGACCCCGAGAGCUGCCCCUACUGCGCCAAGGCCCUGGCCAACGAAUCGGAGGGCGGCAUCGACACACAGGGCGACUCGGACAGCGAGGGCGUCUACGAGUUCACCCAGGACCUCCACCUCAGGGACAGGAGAGACAGCCGUCAGCCCAAGAAGAAGCAGUGCAGGCUGGGCAAAACGGCGGGGAAGGUCGUCCACUUCUGGAGGCUGGUGUGUGACACGUUCAGGAAGAUUGUGGACAGCAAGUAUUUCGGACGUGGGAUUAUGAUCGCCAUUCUGAUCAACACUCUGAGUAUGGGGAUCGAGUACCACGAGCAGCCUGAUGAGUUGACCAAUGCUUUGGAGAUCAGCAACAUCGUGUUCACCAGCCUCUUCGCUCUGGAGAUGCUGUUGAAGGUUUUGGUCUAUGGACCCUUUGGCUACAUCAAGAACCCCUACAAUAUCUUUGAUGGCAUCAUCGUGGUCAUCAGUGUGUGGGAGAUUGUGGGUCAGCAGGGUGGCGGCCUGUCGGUGCUGAGGACGUUCCGGCUGAUGCGGGUGCUGAAGCUGGUGCGCUUCAUGCCGGCCCUGCAGAGGCAGCUGGUGGUGCUGAUGAAGACUAUGGACAACGUGGCCACCUUCUGCAUGCUGCUCAUGCUCUUCAUCUUCAUUUUCAGUAUCCUGGGGAUGCAUCUGUUUGGUUGUAGGUUCGGGUCAGAGAGCGAGGAGGACACUCUGCCGGACAGGAAGAACUUUGAUUCUCUUCUCUGGGCCAUAGUAACGGUCUUCCAGAUCCUCACGCAGGAGGACUGGAACAAGGUGUUGUAUAACGGCAUGGCCUCCACGUCCCCAGUGGCUGCCCUCUACUUCAUCGCACUCAUGACCUUUGGAAACUACGUCCUCUUCAACUUACUGGUGGCUAUCCUGGUCGAGGGUUUCCAGACGGAGGAAGUGCCCAAGCUGGACGACUUGCAUGUCCGGCCGAGCCUCAUUCCGCUGCCUGUAGACUCGGGGGGAGAUUCCCAGGCGGGUUCAGAGAUCGGUUCCAUCGCACGUUUGGAGGAUGUGAACGACAGCAAGAGGGAUUUAUCGGCUUCUGCAGUGGUGCCUGUUAAUGGUCAUGUGGACCUGAAGACCAGCCUGACUCCACCUCUAAUUACUCACACGGCCGCCACCCCCAUGCCCAUACCCAAGCUGCCAGUCGGAGGUGAUCCCAUCCUGGGGUACGAGGCCCGCCGGGGCAGCAAUGUCUCCGUAGACCCAGCCUGCUAUGACAAAUCACCGACCAGUGCCCGCAGUGCUUCCCCUCACGCCCCCUGGACCGCCGGCAGCGGCUGGACCAGCCGCCGGUCCAGCUGGAACAGCCUUGGCCGCGCCCCCUCGCUCAAACGGCAGAAGCGGCAGUCGGGGGAGCGCCGCUCACUCCUCUCCGGGGAGGGCGGCUCCAGCUCGGAGGAUGGCGAGGGUGGAGGGGAAGGUGGAGGUGGGAUGAUGGAGGAUGACAACACCUCCCUUGCCCGAACGGACUCCAUGUCGCAGAAAGGGCCCCGACAUCGGAGGAUGGAGUCGGUGGAGACCCGUAGCUCCAUGGAUCUGCCACCUGAUGCUCUGCUGCAGGUGCCCUUCCUGUACCGCUCAGCCAGCAUGCACAGCUCCAGACCGCCCUCCCUGGGCGCCCUGCGGCCCUCAGAGCACAGCGACUGCAACGGAAAGGGAUCUCUGUCCGCCCUGGGCCCGACACAUGUCUCGCUGGAGGAGAACACUGAAGAUGAUAAUGCAGAGGAGGAGCCCAACCUGGGUCGUUUUGCCAGAUUGUUCCUCUGGCUGGAGAAGAAGCAGCCCGAGUGGUGUCGACAGAGAGACACCUGGUCACUCUACCUCUUCCCUCCAGAGUCCAGGUUUCGGAUCCUUUGCAAAAGGUUCAUCAGCCACAAGAUGUUUGACCACGUCGUGCUGCUCAUUAUCUUCCUCAACUGCAUCACCAUUGCAAUGGAGAGGCCUCGCAUCGAACCCUCCAGUGCUGAGCGGAUCUUCCUCACUUUGUCCAACUACAUCUUCACGGCGAUCUUUAUAACUGAGAUGACAGUGAAGAUCGUAGCUUUGGGCUGGUGUUUUGGGGACAAGUCUUAUCUGAGGAGCAGCUGGAACCUUCUCGAUGGGAUGCUGGUAAUGAUUUCUGUCAUCGACAUCCUGGUGUCCCUCAUCUCCAACUCGGGUACCAAGAUCCUGGGCAUGCUCAGAGUGCUGAGGCUGCUGAGGACCCUGCGGCCACUACGAGUGAUCAGCAGAGCCCCAGGGCUGAAGCUGGUGGUGGAGACUCUGAUGUCGUCACUGAAGCCCAUCGGAAACAUUGUAGUCAUCUGCUGUGCCUUCUUCAUCAUCUUUGGCAUCUUGGGAGUACAGCUCUUCAAAGGGAAGUUCUUCUUUUGUCAAGGACUAGAACUUCAAGUAAAGAACAUCACCAACAAGUCAGACUGUGUGCAGAACAGCUACAAAUGGGUCAGACACAAGUACAACUUUGACAACCUGGGACAGGCCUUAAUGUCUCUAUUUGUUCUGGCGUCAAAAGACGGCUGGGUGGACAUUAUGUAUAAUGGACUGGAUGCGGUAGGAGUGGACAAACAGCCAGAAUUGAACCACAACCCAUGGAUGCUGCUUUAUUUCAUCUCUUUCCUGUUGAUUGUGGCCUUCUUCGUGCUCAACAUGUUCGUGGGCGUGGUGGUGGAGAACUUCCACAAGUGCCGGCGCCACCAAGAGGCCGAGGAGGCGAAGCUCAGGGAGGCGAAGAGACUGAAACGCAGGGAGAAAAAGAGACGGAAUUUAUUGGUUCCGGGGGUGAGUUGGGCUCUUUCUGAAGGCACAUUGAAAGAAGCUCAGAGUAAGCCGUACUACUCGGAUUACUCCCCCACCCGACUGCUCAUCCACAAGAUGUGCACCAGCAGCUACCUGGACCUGUUCAUCACCAUCGUCAUCGGGCUCAACGUCAUCACCAUGUCCAUGGAGCACUACCAUCAGCCCCAGGAGUUGGACGAGGCAUUGAAGAUCUGCAACUACAUUUUCACCGUGAUCUUUGUCCUGGAGGCCGUCCUAAAGCUGGUGGCUUUUGGUUUCCGACGCUUCUUCAAGGAGAGGUGGAACCAGCUGGACUUGGCCAUCGUGCUGCUGUCCAUCAUGGGCAUCACUCUGGAGGAGAUUGAGGUCAACGCCUCGCUGCCCAUCAACCCCACCAUUAUCCGCAUCAUGAGAGUGCUGAGGAUCGCACGAGUAUUGAAGCUCUUGAAGAUGGCGGUGGGGAUGAGAGCUUUGCUGGACACGGUUAUGCAAGCCCUGCCUCAGGUGGGCAAUCUGGGUCUUCUCUUCAUGCUUCUCUUCUUUAUCUAUGCAGCACUGGGAGUGGAGCUGUUUGGUGACUUGAUUUGUGAUGAGCUCCACCCAUGUGAGGGUCUGGGCCGCUACGCUACAUUUAAAAACUUCGGCAUGGCGUUCCUGCUGCUCUUCAGAGUUUCCACCGGAGACAACUGGAACGGAAUAAUGAAGGACACGUUGAGAGACUGCGCCCAGGACACCAACACCUGCUACAACACUGUGGUCUCUCCACUCUACUUCGUCUCCUUUGUCUUGACUGCUCAGUUCGUCCUGGUCAACGUUGUCAUUGCCGUCCUGAUGAAGCACCUGGAGGAGAGCAACAAGGAAGCCAAAGAGGGAGCACUGCCUGAGGCAGACUUGGAGCUGGAGCUCCAGGCAGACGGAGGAGACCUGGCAACAAGGUCGCCCCAGCUGAACCCUCUGGCACUGGGAAUGGACAGGUCCAGCUCUGGUGGUUCGCCCCGGAGGUUCCCCGGAGCAGGGGACAGGGAACCGGAGCGGGACGGGCCGAUGGACUCGCCUACUGCUGACAUAACCAGAGAUUCAGUCAACAUCAGUCCAGACCCCCCUGCGUGUGUUGAUCCCCCACUGGAGUUUGUCCAGCGGAGAGUGCCGCUUGACUCGGUCUCCCUGGUCAUCCAGGGUUCAAUGGAGGGAGAGUUGAGUCAGAUGGACAACCUGUCCGGCUCUAUCUGCCACUACUACUCGUUGCCCCCCAAUCCAAGCAAGCACAGCACCGACAAAAAGAUCCCUCUAGCGGAGAUGGAAGCUCUGUCUCUGGGCUCGGAGAAAUCCUGGUCGCUAGCUCUGACAGACGACUCGACCCCUGAUGAUUUUAACCCCCUCUUUCUAACCAGUCUGGACUGCAAUCUGGAUCCUGGGGAGCCGCUGGGGGAUAACCUGCUGAGCGUCAGGAAGCCCACGGUGGGACGCACACACUCCCUGCCCAACGACAGCUACAUGUUCGCCCCCCCGCAGCCCUCUGACCACACAGCCCCGGCUCCAGCACAGCUUCUAGCACAGGGGCCCCAGCACAUACAGGGCACCCAUAGGUCCCAAUCAGGCUCCAGGGCCUCACUGCGGUCGCAGCCGGAGGAGUCCUCCCAGCAGCUGACCGUUCCCACAGACCUCUUCAGACCCAUCAGCCCCCACAGCCACUCCGACUCAGAGAGUAUACCACGCCUGCCGCCGCCCAGGCACACGCACACACUCAGCCGCACACUCCGCAGACAGGUCGCGGUGUCCACCGACUCUCAGGAGGCCCUGUGCCCGGGCGGAGGGGGGAGCAAUGAAGGACUUGUGAACGUGGCCUCUGUGGGCCUCUCUACGCCUCCCUCCUCCUCCACCCCCUCCCCCACCUGUCCCUCCCCCUGCUCCCAUCACCAGCAGCAGCCGGCUCUCUGCCUGGCUCCUGCUACGCCAGCCGCCCCCCCCAGACCCCAGAGCUCCGGCAGCGUGCACACCCAGCACCCUGACCAGCACUGCCUCGCCUCCCACUCCCCCUCUUCCUCCUGCUCGCCUCCUCCGCUUCUACCAGUGGGGCCGCACCACCAGGAGGCCUCGGUGGAUCAGGAGGUGUCCCUCAUCACCUGCGCUGCGUUGGCCGGCGGGGGGGAUGUGACGGCGGAGGACAGCGGCGAUGGGAACGAGGGCUACAGCUCUUACGCCGGCUGCCAGGAGAGUCGGAGUCCGUGUCUGAGGCAGCUGAAGAGGUUCCACAGCGCCGACACGCAGGGCCGCAGCAGCUUCCUGCCCCACCCCCGACCUCUCUCCUGGCUGGACGACCCCCGCCGGCACUCUGUGGAGGUGUGCUCCUCAGUGGAGUCCAGUCCCCAGCGCAGCACCACCUCCACCUCCUCCGGCUUCGUGUCGCGGGCCAACAGCCUGCAGAUCCACAGCCACACCCCCACUCAGACCUCGCAACCCUCGCCUCGACGCAAGAAGAAAAUGAGCCCGCCCUGCAUCUCCGUAGACCCCCCCGACGGACUGGAGCCUCAGUCUGGCCUCUACCCGGGCCUGGGUGGGCUCGGGGGGCUAGGGAUGCCCCCUCCUCUGCCCAGCCGGGACACCUGCCUGAGGAGGAGAGCGCCCUCCAGUGACUCCAAGGACUCCUUUGACCUGGGAGGUGGAGAGGGCUCGGGUCAGGACGGAGGCUCGCCCAAACCCAGCCCCAACCCCAAGCUAUUGACUCUCCCCAGUUUCUCCUUCGAGAAGACGAGCUCGGAGCACUGA